AUGUGCUUAGAUGCUGUGACAUCAAAACCAGUAAUCCAGUUUCAAGGAAGCCAAGGGCACAUUGCAAUUCCAAGGCCUGAUCGACCUACGGAAGUGCGGACUUUCACAUUUUAUCUUUCAAAUAUUGGCAAGGACAGCCCCCAAGGGAGUUUUGACUGUAUCCAGCAGUAUGUAUCUAGCAAUGGCAAUAUCCAUUUGGAUUGCCUUGGAAGCAUACAGGAUAAAAUCACCGUGUGUGCUACUGACGAUUCCUACCAGAAGGCAAGGCAAAGCAUGGCACAGGCCGAGGAGGAGACUCGCAGCCGGAGCGCUAUAGUCAUUAAACCUGGGGGGAGAUACGUCGGCAAAAAGGUUCAGGUGCGUAAACCUGCACCAGGAGCUUCCGAUGCUGUUCCCUCCAGGAAGCGCCCAACGCCAGUCAACCUUGCCAGUGCAAUAAAGAGAGGCAAUAGUGCGAUUUCUCAGAGACCCUUCAAAGAUAGGGUUGUGCACUUACUGGCACUAAAGCCUUAUAAGAAACCUGAACUUAUUCUCAGAUUGCAGAAGGAUGGACUUUCUCAGCAGGACAAGGAUUUGCUGGACAACCUUCUGCAACAGGUGGCAAAUUUGAGUGCCAAGGACAGCACUUUCACACUGAAAGAUUGUGUAUACAAAGAAGUGCAGAAGGACUGGCCUGGCUACUCUGAAGGAGAUCAGCAGUUGCUGAAGAGGAUACUCGUGCGGAAACUCUGUCAGCCACAGAACAGUAGCGGUUUUCAAGGAGAAGCGCCUUCCCUGAGUCCACCAAAAGACAACGUGAACUCCAGCUCUCCUCCUCAGAAACGAUCCCAACCUCUGGAGUUUAUCGAUCCCCUGGCCAACAAAAAGCCCAGGAUCUCACAUUUGGCUCACAGAACUCAGCCCACUUUCAACGGGAAACUGAAUUCCUCCAACGGGAAGGACGCCCCUACCCCUGCCCCUACCCCUGCCCCUGCCGUGCCGCCGGCUCUCCCGGAGUCGGUGAGCUCCAGCUCCAGCCUCCCGGUGCUGGAGCUGCCGAGGCCUCACGAUCCCCUUUCGGAUGUCAGCAAUGACCUGACUCACAACGGCAGAGACUGUGAGAACCCGGAGACGGCUGACAGAUUGACUCAUCCUUUGUCAACAGACUGUCCCCAAACGAGCAAGCACAAUUGCAGCUCGUAUGUAAAAACCAAGAAAAAAUCCAAAAAGCACAAAGACAAGGAAAAGGAGAGAAAGGAGAAGAAAAAUGAAGAGAAGUGCAAAGAGGAGAAGCAGGACUGUGAAGUAAUAAAAAAUGCUGACUUAGUUAGUGUUCCCCAGGAACAGGUCACAGGUUUAAAUGGAACAUGCAAUAAUUCUAGUGUACCAACAUCAACUUCAGAAAUGCCAGAUUAUUUAUUAAAAUACGCAGCCAUUUCCUCUUCGGAGCAGCGUCAGAGUUACAAAAAUGACUUCAAUGCAGAAUACAACGAGUACAGAGACUUGCACGCCCGGAUAGAGAGGAUAACUCGACGGUUUACGCAGUUAGACGCCAAGCUGAAGCAACUUUUGCAGGGCUCUGACGAAUAUAAGACCAUCCAUGAUCAAAUUUUACAG